CUUCUCCUUCGCGUCUUGGGUCAUGACUUGAGAACUCGAGUUUUAGGAGUUUUAUUUAAAUGCUGACUGAAAUUUGAUGUAUUGAAAAAAAUAGAUUUUUGUUCAAACGUUAGUAAACAGCGUUGUCUGUUCCAAAAUGAGCAAGACACCGUUUAGAUCUAAAUUCAAUUGGAUAGCCACCGAAGGCGAAGUGACCCGCCAGGUGUCGUACAACAUCCAGACAAAUGAAACAUCUGAAAGUAUUCCUCAGGAGAAUCUUCUUAAUCCUGAAGCUUGUGUAGUGCUGGAGCCCGACGAAAAAACCGAAUACUGCGAACAAACCCUUAGUGUGAAUCCGAUAUAUCAGGUUACGCGACUGGCCGUCCUGGCCGAAUGCCGUAGGGUGGAAUCCUUCGUGGGCAAACCUCCCGAGUACCACCAAACCCAUCACGGUCAGUUAAUAUUCGAUGAAGGAUCCGAACUGUACCGGUUCGAUAUUCAAUUUGAAGUUUGCGGAACCGCUGAAUUCAUCAUCAGAUAUAUCACAACUGCUAAGGAACCACUUUGCCUGUACGGAAUGCAUUUAGUGCUGGAGAAAAAUUCCAAUCCCCUGGGGAUGUUCGCCAGCGACAGCACCCUGAAUCGAGCAAGGAUUGAAACGCGAAUAAAGGAUUGUACCCUGUCCGAGAAAGCGGCUCGAUGUAAGGAAUUUGUGCUGGAUUCUGUGGCGCAGAACAAUCUCAUCUCACAGAAAAUGUCCCGAUACAUGAUGAAUAACAACAUUUCAACAAUGGCCGUCGAUGGAUCGGCGACGUCUCGUGACAGACGCGACUCUACUGGUCGACCACCCGCUAAAGAUGAUGAUCCGGGGGGCACAACGAGCGCACAAUAUUCCAAAUAUCCACCGUUCAUGGAAACCGUCGUGAGGCAGUAUAUGGACCAAAAGUUUUCCGCGCUUGAGGACAAAAUCAAUGCUAAAUUAGAAUCGCUGGAAUUGCGCCAGAACAAAAAACUAGAUGAAAUUUUAUCAUUGUUGAAGGGCAGUAGUACGGAAUAAAGUGAAGCGAAGUUCCUCU